CGACUAGAAGAAGCAUCUAGGCCUCAUCGCAUAAUCCCUUAUCGCAGAAACAGCAAGUUCACUGGCCGUGAACAUCUCAUUGAAUCGAUAAAGAGGCUUUCCAAGGGUAAUGGUCACCGCCGGAUCGCACUUCACGGAUUAGGUGGAUCUGG